GUUUAACAACUCCAAUAUAAAUCGACUUUUCAUUGGGCAUUUGGCUUGCCGUCAAAUCACCCAAGGAAAAUUUAAUGCCUUGUGAAGAUGAACAUACUGCAUAUGCCUACAAGAAAGUGUCAUUAGUCAGCAGAAAAUACUACAAACACCCAAGUCCUAACAAGAAAGCAAACGAAUAAAGCUGCCACGUGCCACUGCUAUAACAUCCCCAAUGUGACAUUUUGCUAUAUAAUGCUUGUGAAGUUUCUUGUUCUUUACAGAUUCUUCUCUCCUUUCACAUAUUCCUUGCUUCCUCAGCAAAAUCAGAUCAGAUAAGAUCACUCGCUUCUUCACUUCUUCUCCUUUCUUCUCUAUAUUAUAAAAGAGGGUGACAGAGAGAGAGAGCAACAUAGUUUGUGAAGAUAUAAAAAAAUGGCAGAUUGGGGGCCGGUAGUGAUAGCUGUUGUACUGUUUGUGCUGCUAAGUCCUGGAUUGCUAUUCCAGUUGCCUGGAAAAGGGAGAAUUGUUGAGUUUGGCAAUAUGCAGACAAGUGGGGUUUCUAUACUUGUUCAUACCAUUAUCUUCUUUGCUCUUAUUACCAUCUUCCUUAUCGCUAUUGGUGUUCAUAUUUACUCUGGAUAGCCAUGUUAAAUGUACCCUUUUCAAAGCUUUGUUCAAUUUGUUCAUCUGUCUGUCUGAUGUAUUCUCUUGUACCCUUUUGUUAGUUAUAUUAGUUGCUGGUGUUGAAAUGGUCUUAGAACUCUGCCAUCUUCUGUAAGAGAUUAAAAUUCUGAAGGAAUAUUAUGAUCUUUCAGAAACAUCUAAGCUCUGCAUGUGGAGGAUGGCUUACCAAUUGUUGCUUUUGCUUUGAUGGGUAUUAAUAAUGUUUAUUAGU